ACUGCGGACACAGUGCAGGAGAUGACCAGAGACUGCGGACACAGUGCAGGAGAUGACCAGAGACUGCGGACAACAGUACAGGGGAUGACCAGAGACUGCGGACAGUACAGGGAUGACCAGAGACUGCGGACAGUACAGGAGAUGACCAGAGACUGCGGACAUAGUACAGGAGAUGACCAGAGACUGCGGACAGUACAGGGGAUGACCAGAGACUGCGGACAGUACAGGGGAUGACCAGAGACUGCGGACAGUACAGGGGAUGACCAGAGACUGCGGACAGUGCAG